AGCAAAUUUUGACGAUUACGCUCGCAGGGUAAAGGCGGCACUGCCUAAAAUGCCGGAAGAGGAGGAGGCAGUACCAUCUUGGUUUCGUAUGGUCGAAGUAAUUUUGGAGACAUACGAGGUUUCAGUAGAGUUACAGGGACAAAUAGUUUUGAGCGUGCUAUCGGAAAAAUGCAAAGCGGCACUGACAAGAUUGUCAGCGGAUAAGGUCAAACAUUACCCUUCCUUGAAGGAGUUUAUUCUCGAAGAGUUGAGACUCUCACCGGCGGAAUAUCUCAAGGGAUUUAGGCGGGCAGAACGCUACCCGGGAGAAACAUGGCCGCAAUUUGUGUCGCGUCUGAAAGAUCUUUAUCAAUACUAUGUAGAUAGUAGAGAGGUGGAGACAUUAGAAGGUCUUGUUGAGCUAACAGUAGCGGACCACAUAAAGACGCUCCUACCUCACGACGCAAGGAAAUACGUGAUAUUACAGGAAGGGAAGGGAUGGAGCAAGCCUGCGGAAUUGGCCAGGUUUGUAGAGAAGUUUGACGAGGCGUCAAGUAGCAGGUCCCCAAACAAAAGCGAGGAAAACGGCGAACAAAGGGACUCGCGGAGAGAGACGAAAGGGAAAUCUAGUCCCGUGAUGCAGACUAUAGAUGAACAACCCCACAAAAUUGGUUGUUAUGUUUGCGGGAAAACGGACCAUUGGAGGAGAAACUGUCCGAAACGGAAGGCACAUAAUGAGCCUAAACAGGCGCGGCUCGUGGCUACUAGUAACAAUUCCCAGGACGAGAGACGUUUAGUAGCGAGGGUAACGUCGUAUGACCAACCAAAGGUCGUAAAAGCGCUGAAUAGAGUUAGAUUAGCUUGCGAGGGAAACUGUCUUUCGGCCAUAGUUGACUCCGGAGCUGAGAUUUCGGUUAUAAGGGAGUCGUUGGUACCUACCUCAGUGAUGGGAACGAAGGGGAGAAUCCAAUUGGUUGGGCCCUUCGGUCACUGGAUCGAUGCGGUGUUAGUAUCGGUCCCGAUAGGGUUGUGGGAGGAAGACUUCGCAGGGUCGCGAAGUUCGGAACUGGUGACGUGCGCCUUAACGGACGAGUUAGACCAGACCACGGAUGCCUUGUUAUCGGAGGAGGAUUACCGGAUGCUGUUAAACCGGAAGGAAAAACUCCAGGAAAAGGGAGAAAGACAGGCGAGGAGCUUAAGUGUAGAUGGGAACGGAAACCAUCAGGAAAAGGAGCCGGAACCUCUCGCAGAGGCGGGGCGUUGUGGAAUUAGCGACGAAAAAGGGAAAGGAACGGAAUUACGAGACACUCAGGUCCCGGACGAAUCACUUUCUCGAUUGUGGGAGGUCGCUGAGCCUAAGGAAGAUGGGCUAGUUGUAGAGAACAGAACACUAUAUCGGCAAGAUAGUUCGUUCGGCAGGCCCAUUAAGCAGAUAGUUGUUCCCCAAGAACGGAGAACGGAAGUGUUAGAUUUAGCACACAAAGCUCCGUGCGGUGGACAGUUUGGCAGUCGCGUGUUAGCAAGUCGCGUUCGCGAGAGCUUCUAUUGGCUGGGAAUGGUGACCGACAUCCGGAAGUACUGCCAGAAUAGUCGUAGGUGCCAAGUAAGUGCGCCUGAUUUAGUCCUAGAUAGGACCCCAGCUACACCACUUGCUCGAUCCUCAACCCCGUUUCAAGUGGUUAACAUAGGCGUGGUUGUACCGAUUGAUCACUUGUCAGCUAACGGUCAUCGAUACGCAGUUUGCGUAAUCAGUUUACGCAACCGCUUGUCAGAAGUAGAAGAGAUGAGAUCGCUGGUCACCCGUUUGGUAUUUUUGCGAUUCUUUACGCAGACGGGUUUUCCCGAAAUGAUUUGUUACGAUCAGGGGACAAAUUUCACCGUAGGGUUGACGCGUGAAAUGACCCGUAUGUUAGAAGUGGAGAAUGUAGAAGUAGCUCGGAUCAAAUCGGCUCACGAUAUCGCAACUAAGCAUACGGCCGUAAAACGAGAAGGGUAUGCAGUGCGUUCCAACCUGGAAGCACGGAAAAGGGAAUAUAACAUCGGGGAUACGGUUCUCGUGGAAAAGUCUUCCCCGGAUGACAAAUUACAUGUCCGGUGGGAAUGGCCGGAUGUAGUAGAAAAGCGAAGUUUCGCUGUAAGAAUAGUACUCGGUUUCGACGGGAGAUUCGGGGAACUGGAUCAAACUUCGUCCUUGCGACCGCUGUACGAUCGUGGACGAGGGGACGGGAGAGGAAGGGAAAUUCCUCCACUUUCCCCGACGUCGGCACAGACCGAACUGGAUGACGUGCCGUUGGAUUACAACUCGAUGUUCGAUAAUAGACCGAAAAAAAAAACAUCGGGACACUUACUGGAGAGUGGAUCUCGAAACGGUUUACCCCAUACCGGAUUUCGCUAG